AAAAAUCGCUUGAGUAAAUUACUCAGGGAGUUGUCCAAAACAUCCCAGAUGACACCACUGUCCUGUUGAAUGGUCUGUUUUACGACUGGGCAGUAAAAGUUCCACCAGGUUAGAAGAGUGAUGACCAUCCUGUUCCUUACUAUGGUUAUUUCAUACUUCAGUUGCAUGAGAGCUGCGCCCCUGAGAGACGCCCCGGGCAUGCGGGGCCAUCGGACGGAAGGCUACUUGGGCGCUGCUGCGACGGCCGCACGAGGCCAUGGGACUCCACAGAGUGGUGGUGGGCCAGGCCAGCGCGGGGAACUGCCCUCACUCACAGACACGUUUGAGCAGGUGAUAGAGGAGCUGCUGGAGGUGGAGGGAGAGGCGGCACAGCUGGGACAGGGGGCUGAUAAGAGCCAGGGAGGUGGGGGCCCGUCCUCUGUGGUCACCACGGAGACCAAGGAUGUCGACCUGUACGACUCGCGGGUGAUGAUCAGCAACCAAGUGCCUUUGGAGCCGCCCUUGCUCUUUCUUCUGGAGGAAUACAAAAACUAUCUGGAUGCCGCUAAUAUGUCCAUGAGGGUGCGGCGACACUCCGAUCCCUCGCGGCGUGGAGAGCUCAGUGUGUGUGACAGUAUUAGCCAGUGGGUGACAGCUGUGGAUAAAAAGACGGCAAUAGACAUGUCUGGGCAGACAGUUACCGUCAUGGAAAAGGUCCCUGUCCCCAAUGGCCAACUGAAGCAAUACUUUUAUGAGACCAAAUGCAACCCCAUGGGGUACACAAAGGAAGGCUGCAGAGGAAUAGACAAGCGGCAUUAUAAUUCCCAAUGCAGGACAACCCAGUCCUACGUGCGAGCGCUUACCAUGGAUAGCAAAAAGAAGAUUGGCUGGCGGUUUAUAAGGAUAGACACUUCAUGUGUAUGCACAUUGACCAUUAAAAGAGGGAGAUAGUGUAUAAAAUGUAUAGAUUUUAUUGAAGAGUUUAAAAAAGAGAAUAAAGAGAAAAUAUCUAUUUGUAUAUAUACAUAACAGGGUAAAUUAUUCCGUCAAAUGAAAAUUUUAUGGACUGCAUGUAAAAAAAGAUGAAGUUUAUACAGUAAAAGUGAUACUACAGUCUAUUUAUUGAACAUAUUCAUGACCUUGUAAACAAUUAAAAAAAAUCUGAUCAGUCAUUUGCGCCCAGUUUAAAUUACUAUAUCACAUUCCUCAAGACAUUGUGAUUUGUUUACGUUGCCAAGAAUUACAAAAUGAAGGAAAAAAAACAGGCAAGGAAUGAGAGAGGACAGUUCCAUCUUCAAAAGCUUGCAUGCUGCUUCAAUUGUGAAUUGAGAAAUUCUCCACUUACAAAAAAGGAUAUGAUGCUGACCAAAAAACAUUCCGUUUACAUAUUCAGCAGAAAACAAUUUUCCUCUCAAGUAAUUUAUCUGUUUACUGUUCUAAACUUCUCAAGGUAAUGUUGAAAUUACAUACUAUGUCAAGGUGCUGUUG